GCAACUUCCGCCCUGCCGCUCCAAGGAGCUAGCCGAUUGGGCGUGCGGGCGAGGGCCCGCCUUAGCAUGCCCUGCCAUUGGACGACGCCCGUGUCAGUCUCGCGACAGGGUUUCCGGGUCCCUUGGCGCUAAAAACAAACUGGAAGUUGCGAGCUUCCAGCUAGCCGGGAACGUAUUGGUGGGCUUUUGCGCGCCAGGCUUUUACGUGCCUUUUUUGUUAUGAAAAUGGCCUUGGUGGACAUUUUGAGUGCUUCCCCGAAAGGGAGGUGACGUUCAUCGCAGUGCGGAUGUGUUCUGCGUGCGAGCUCAAAGCUCUCAAAACAGCCCAUUUUCCAGGUAUUUGUUGUGGAACCAGGGCCCUCACAGGCUGGGCAAGCAUGCUGCCACACAGCUGCAUCCCCGGGCUUCUUUUUUUCUUAUUUGUUUAUUCUGAGUAAUUAUUCUCCCACUCAAUUGAGCAGGCAGCCUUUCAACUUGCAAUUCAUCUGCCUCAACUAACCUAGUAAUGGCAUCACUCCCCUGAGGCCUCUGGGCCAAGCACGUGAUGAAAUGUUUAUGCUCAAGUUAAUCUGCUUAGUUAUGCCAGAGUCUGUACUAAAUUCUGGGUGUUAUUAUCAAAGCAUAUAGUUAAGCAAGUUUCGUUUAUCCAUUAGCCCAGACUAUGUUGUUUGGCCUUGUGAUUUUAUUUUAAUCUAACUGUAUGAUAGGUCUUAAAUUCCUGGCUUGGCUGGUAGAAAUUACACCCAAUGGAGCAGCCCACCUUUUAGCAGGUGUGUAGCUGUUACUGGUUCAUUCAGUUAUUGAAUACUUAAGUCACGUUGUGUAAUAGUGUGUGGAAUAUAGGACUAAAACAAUAAAGUUAAUAGUUAAAUGCUAUCCUGUUCCAUAGGAAACGCUAAUAUUCCAUUUAAGAGCGACAUUUAACUGAUAACCUCAUAUGUGGUAGAUAAAAAUAAGAGUCACUAGAUCUUGGGUGUUAGGGAAAGCCUCGUUAAACUCUCUUUUCAACUGAAUGCCCAAAAGACACAGCUCUGUAAAAGCCCCAAGACCAUUGGAACCAUUAACGUGUCCUAAAAUGCUAGAGUGAAAACCAGAUCUAAUCCAGGAUGAGAAGUCCAAACCAGCAUCAGUUCCAAGUGGUUGGGACAGUGCAGAGAAACUUCAUCAUUUCCAAGCCUUUCUGCUCACCUUCUCAAACCUGAUUCUAUAUUAAAUCUCAGCAUCACAGGGAGCAUGCCUCUCUCAGCUUCCUGCUUCACUGCUGCUGUGCUUACCUCCUGCUGCGGGGGCCUCCUCUCCAUGGUGGACUCUUGCCCCUCUGGAACCCUGGAACCGUGUUAGGAGUGGAUAAAUGAUGUGCACUGCCCUGAGCCCCAAGGUUCGCAGCGGACCGGGCCUGUCUGAUAUGCAUCAGUACAGCCAGUGGCUGGCCAGCAGACAUGAAGCUAAUUUGCUGCCGAUGAAAGAAGACUUGGCCUUGUGGUUAACCAAUCUAUUAGGGAAAGAGAUAACAGCAGAAACCUUCAUGGAGAAGUUGGAUAAUGGUGCCUUGCUCUGUCAGCUUGCAGCAACUGUGCAGGAGAAAUUCAAAGAGAGCAUGGAUGCCAACAAGCCUGCCAAGACUCUGCCACUGAAGAAGAUUCCCUGCAAAGCCAGUGCACCCUCGGGCUCCUUCUUUGCCCGAGACAACACAGCCAAUUUCUUAUCCUGGUGCCGGGACUUGGGGGUGGACGAAACAUGCCUUUUCGAAUCUGAAGGCCUUGUUCUGCACAAGCAGCCCCGAGAAGUGUGUCUCUGUUUGCUAGAGCUUGGCCGGAUCGCAGCCAGGUAUGGUGUGGAGCCUCCUGGUCUGAUAAAGCUGGAAAAAGAAAUUGAACAAGAAGAGACACUUUCUGCCCCGUCUCCUUCGCCUUCUCCUUCGUCCAAGUCUUCAGGAAAGAAGAGCACUGGGAACCUACUGGAUGACGCAGUAAAACGAAUCUCUGAAGACCCUCCCUGCAAGUGCCCAACUAAGUUCUGUGUGGAGCGGCUCUCUCAAGGUCGAUAUCGAGUGGGAGAGAAGAUCCUCUUCAUCAGGGGUCUGCAUAGUUGUGCCUAUGUCUCCACAGCCAAAGCGAAGCAGACCCUGAAGAUGCUGCACAACAAGCAUGUGAUGGUCCGCGUGGGAGGAGGCUGGGAGACCUUCGCAGGCUAUCUGCUCAAGCAUGACCCCUGCCGCAUGCUGCAGAUCUCCCGUGUGGACGGCAAAACAUCCCCUGUCCAGAGCAAAUCCCCAACCCUGAAGGACAUGAAUCCAGAUAACUACCUGGUGGUCUCUGCCAGCUACAAGGCUAAGAAGGAGAUUAAAUGAAACUGGUCCCUGAAAGGGGACCCAUGCAAUGGCCUGUGUCCAUUCUACCGUGUAGCCAAUGUAGUUCACAUGCUCUGAGAGCCACACACAUCAUCAGGCAGGAAAGGUCUCAAAAGGUAGCACUAUUUAUUUUUAAUGCAUCUGUAGAACUUCGCCUAAGGGAACAAAAUUCUAAACUCAGAACAAAAUCAGACAAAUUGUAAGCAAAUCAUUAUUUUUCAAUAUGUGAACAUAGUAUUUAGAACAAACCGUAUUAGGAACUCCGUUCUAGUUACAGCCAUUGGAGGUGAACAUGCCUAGGAGACUGUAUUUAGCAUGUAUGGAUAGGUCAACAGAAAGUGCCUGCUGUAUGUCUAUGAGCUAAAGCACCCCAGACACUUUUAUAAUGGGAUUUUAUAGCUAUUUUUUACAAGAUGACAAUGUGAUAAUGUGCUACUAAAGUUGUCCAGCAGCACUAUACAGUACAGAGAGUCUUCACAGCCAUAAUACUUAACUGGAAGGGCCACUUCAGAGAUGUUUACAUUCACUUGCAAGAUUGCCUUAAAGUUCAUCUCUGAUCCCUGACCAAACCAACCUCUGGGGUGCUUUGGAUGUUGCCUGUGCAGCCCCUUAGGAAUAGCAGGUAUCUUUCACACACCGACACACACACACACACACACACACACACACACACACACACACACACACACACACAGGAGCUAUGUUUAGGAUCACUUAGUGAAAUUCACAUGUAUAAGCUGGCAUACAUUCACAUGUUGAUGUGCAGACCGCACAGUCAAAUGUUCAUCAGCUUUGUGAUUUUGUUUAUUUCAAGCAUUUUCUUAUUAAAAUAUAUCCUAGUUAGUCCUAUUCUGCUAUGCUGUCUCAUGAAGUAAAUUCACUGUAGUGAAUGAUGUUACAGACUUGUAUACCCAGGACAGGGCUGUUUUGUACCAAUGAACAGCAAGAUAUUGUCCACACUGAUUUAAGAAUUAAAAAUGAAAAAUUUAAAAAAAAACACACA